AUGUCGCAGCCAAGUAAGAACCGGGGGGACGCCAGCCCUCCGCCGGAGGCCCCCAAGCCGCCCGGCUAUAGCCGCCCCACGGUUCUGAUGCGCGCCCCGCCCGCCUCCUCCCGGGCGGCUCCCGUCCCGUGGGACCCUCCCUUGGACUUGGCGCUCCCCCUGGCCGCCUGGCAGGCUCCCCAACCUUCCUGGGAGGCGGCCGCGGGCCCGCUGCCCGCCCCGGUGGCCUCGCUGGUCCAGCCUCCCGCGCUGGGGCCGCCCAUGGUCCCCGCGCCCCAGCUCGGCCCGCUGGCCAAGCCUCCGACUCCCGGAGUCCUGAUGCUGCAUCCCGGGACCCCGCUGGCGCAGCAGCCGCCGCCGCCGCCGCCUCCGCCGCCGCCGCCGCCGCCGCCGACUCCGGGGGUCCUGAUGCUGCACCCUUCCGCGCACGGAGCCCCGCUUCCUCCUCCUCCUCCUCCCCCUCCUCCGGGCACCCCGCUGGCCCACCCGCCACCUCCCGGGACCCCCCUGGGCCACCCGCCGCUUCCUGGGACCCCGCUGGUGCCCCCGCCACCACCGGGGACCCCGCUGGUGCACCCUCCCCCUCCAGGGACCCCGAUGGGCCAUCCUGCGCUUCCUGGGACCCCGCUGGUGCACCCUCCCCCACCGGGGACCCCGCUAGCGCACCCUCCGCCUCCCGUGACUCCGCUGGUGCACCCUCCCCCUCCGGGGACCCCGUUGGUGCACCCCCCGCCUCCCGGGACACCGAUGACCCAGCCCGCAGCGCCGGGAGUCCUGAUGGCCCAGCAGAUGACGCCAGGAGUCCUGAUGGUCCACCCGUCGGCAGCGGGAGCCCCGAUGGCCCAGCCGCCGCCUCCAGCGGCCCUGAUGACCCAGCCACCGCCUCUGGGAGCCCCGAUGGCCAAGCCUCAGGCCUCGAACGUCAUGAUGCUCCCCCAAGGCGGGAGAGCUCCGAUAAUCCAGCCUCCCGUGUCAGGCGCGCCAAUGGCGCAGCCAGUGGCUGCCCCGGCUCAGUCACUGGCUACCUGGGCCCCCCAUGGCCAGCCUUUGGUCUUGCAAAUCCAGUCGCAGGUCGUGAGGCCUCCUCCACAACUGCCCCAAUUGCCGCAGCCGCCACAGGUGCAGCUGGCCACACCCCCAGGCUGGCAAGCCAGCUCACCUGGGUGGCAGGCCACGCCCGGGGCGUGGCAGACCACGCCCUUGACCUGGCAUACCACGCAGGUCACGUGGCAGGCCCCCGCCCUCACCUGGCAGGCGCCCCCCCCACCCCCGCCCCCCCCACCCGUCCGCCAGGGGCCCCCACCCAUGCGUUCUGGACACACACCUAUUCGGCCUGGCCCGGCCCCGGGGAUGCGCCAGAGCCAAAGUACGGGGCGCCAGGGCUCACAGACACGCCAGAAGCCCCCCUCGAUGCGCCAGGCGCCGCCACUGAUCCGCCAGAUACCCAUCCGACCUGCCCCGCAGGCCAUGGCGUCCCAGCCCCAGCUCUGGCACACCCUGCCGCCUCCCCCUCCCCUGCGGCAGGCCCCGCAGGCUCGGCUGCUGGCGCAGCAGGUGCAGGGGGCUCCUCAGGUGCCCUCGGCACCAUCUGUUGCACAGGUACCUGUGGUGCUGCCCGCUGGCUCCCAGGUGCCCCAGGUGGACCCUGAGGCCGACCCUGAGGCCGCCUCAGAGGAGGAGGCCUCAGAGGACGCCCCAGAGGCUCUGCACUGCCCAUCCAUCAUCUGGCAAGCCUCCAAGGAGCAGGCCGUGGUGCCCGAGGACCUGCCCAUGUCGCUGGAGUACGAGGAGGUGCAGCAGGAGGAGGACAUCGCCUGGCAGGCACCCAAGGCCUCCACUCACUACUGGCAGCCCGUGCCUGCCCAGGAGGCAGAGGAGCAGGUCCCCCCCGUGGUCCAGCUGGAACAGCAGCCCUUUCGGGGGGCCCCAGCCCCCCAAAAAGCCCAGCAAACUGAGCUACCCUCCCAGGAGGCCCAGCCCUCGGGCUCACAGGCAGAGAUGCCCGCAGUGCAACUGCAACCAUCCUGGGAAGGGUCACCCCCCGUCUUGCUGGGGGAAUCUGAAGGACCCAUAGAGGCAGCAAAUUUUCCCGGGGGUGCCUCUGAAUCACUUAGAACUCCAGGAGGAGAAUCCAGGGCCUCCACUAGGGAGCAUGGGGGCCCUUCUAGCGAACGCAGGGCCUCUUCGAAGGAGAAGAAGGGCCCUCCCAAAGAGCGCAUGCUCUUCUGUGCUACCAGGGCCAUGCCAGUCUCCAGGGCACACCUGCCACCUGCCUGGAGGAACUGGUCUGCCCCGGCAGAGGCCUGCCUUGCCACCCCCAGGUUCGCUCCACCUACCUCCAACUUCCGGGCUGCCUCUGCUAAUGCCUUCAUGGGCCCACUGGCCACCGUAACAGGCCCCGGGCCACUGCCUUUUGUUCUGCAGGACCCGUAUGCCUGCAUGGGGGCCCUGCCAGCCAUCCAGUGGGUUCCAGAACCCCAUGUGAAUGCCUCGAGGACAUUCAAGGCAAUGCCCGCCGUCCUGAUGGCGACCGCAGCUACCCCCCAGGCAGCAGCUGCCCCUGCCCAGGAGGACUCCAAGGGUGUGGAGCCACCACGUCGCCCGGGCAAAGCCACAGGGAAGAAGAAGCACCUGGAGCCUCGGGAGGACAAGGACAGCCACAGAGCAGCCACAUGCGACUUGCUGGGCCUGCCAUCAUCCCGCGAGGACCCCAAUUCCUGCGACUGGGAGGGACAGAGCUGUGCCCAGAUUCGGGGUGACUUGGACUAUCCCCAUAUCUCUAUUUCUGGCUGGGAGGGCACCAAUACUUCCAGGAUCCUGAGUGGGUGGGAAGGCCCCAGCACCCCUUGGGCAGUGGAAGGUCCCAGCACCUCAAGGGCCACGGGGUACUGCAGAACCCCAUUCUGCUCUCAGCCCUUAAUCCGUGAGGCCUUCUGUCUCUCUCAGGGACCCAGAGCCACCCAUAGGGGUCCCCAGGAGGCAUUUGAGCCAUUGCCUCCCGCAGAUGAGAGAGCAGAACCACUGGUGCAAUAUCUCUUGGUCAAUGACCAAGUCCAGGUGCCCAUCCAGCACUCGGAGAUGGUCAAUCUUGUUCUCCGAGAAUACAGAGAUGAGUGCUUUGAGGCUCACUGUGCCACCAGGCAGCGGGCGUGUUCCUCUGGUCGGUCAAAGGGCUGCUGUUCCAGACACCGGCCGGAAGUGAUCAUGCAGAAGCUGGGGGAGUCUCAGGGUGGUUUUGUGGCCUCCAGCUUAGACAGGCCCAAGUUUGGCCUGCUGAUGGUGGUGCUGAGCCUCAUCUUUAUGAAGGGCAACUGUAUCCGGGAGAGCCUGAUCUUUCACUUUCUCUUCAGGCUAGGGCUGGAUGUCCGGGAGACCACUGGUCUCUUUGGGAACACAAGGAAGCUCAUUCGGGAUGAGUUUGUGAGGCACAAGUACCUGGAGUACAGGCGGGUCCCUUGCACUGAGCCAGCAGAGUACGAACUCCUCUGGGGGCCCCGGGCAUUCCUUGAAACCAGUAAGAUACUUGUGCUGAGGUUCCUGGCCAAACUCCACAGGAUUGACCCUAACAGCUGGCCAUUCCAUUACCUGGAGGCACUGGCAGAGUCUGACACUGAGGAGGAGGAGGAGGAGGAGGAGGAAGAGGAGGAAGGCGAUGACAAUGAAUCUGAUGAGGAGCUUGGCAGCAGCUCUGCUGCUUGCUAA